AUGAACAAUACUUUUGACAACACUCAGUGGAACCAAGAAAGUCACGUAAGUAGCAACAGUAAUACGGUUGCUACCAUUACUAAUGCUAUCACCACUACUGAUGCUACCACUACUACUGAUACUUAUGAGGGCUUUCGAAGCUCAAGAAAACGUCACUGUCCCAGCAGUUCUGAAAAAAAAAGUUUUAUUUGGAAAUAUUUUAUCGAAAAAAAUAAUCCUAAUGGACCUGGUAAAAUCAUGGUUUGUUCCCUUAAUCUUGCGAAUGGUAAACCAUGUCAAAAAACAUACACCGCUUUCAGCAGUACUAGCAAUGCUAUCCAACAUCUUGCAAAUAUUCAUGCUAUCGUUAAACAAGAAAAACUUCAUAUCAAG